UAGAAGGGCAGCGGCGGCGGGAUGAGGCGGUCGCCUGAGGAGAAGUCGGGGCGACGGCGUCGGAGGCGCGAAGGGAGCACUAUGAAGCCCGGCGGUUGGAAGGCUCUAUGACCCGCCUCAGCGUUGUCUCCUCGCCGUGAGGGAAGAGAAGGAGUCGGAGUGGGCUUCUCUGAGGGGAAAAGGGCGCCCCUCGGAGCCCCUCAGGAGCCCCGCCAGAGUUUUAAUUGAUUCUUCUGUGGCGUUUGUGUGGAAAGUGCCACACACACUCCAGAACAACAACGGCUUUUGCUUGCAUUUUCCAGUGUUUCUUUUGCCAGCAAGUUCAGCAGAGUUGUAAUUCUUCAAGUGCCAGUCCUGAUGAGAGUGAAGAACCAGCGACAGAGAUGGUAAAGAUGACAAAAUCCAAAACGUUCCAGGCUUAUUUGCCAAACUGUCACCGAACAUACAGCUGUAUCCACUGCAGAGCCCAUCUAGCCAAUCAUGAUGAACUAAUUUCCAAGUCCUUUCAGGGAAGCCAGGGACGAGCCUACCUCUUUAAUUCAGUGGUGAAUGUGGGCUGUGGCCCUGCAGAAGAGAGAGUUCUUUUGACAGGCUUGCAUGCAGUAGCAGAUAUUUAUUGUGAAAACUGCAAAACCACUCUUGGAUGGAAAUAUGAACAUGCAUUUGAGAGCAGUCAGAAAUACAAAGAAGGAAAGUUCAUCAUUGAACUGGCCCACAUGAUCAAAGACAAUGGCUGGGAGUAAAUCCGAACGCUGCUCUUUCUUUUGGGACAGUUAAUUUGUGGAACAUGCUUUAUAAAAGACUAGUGCAAAAAGGAUUGUGGUUGGGGCGGUUCAGAAAAACCACUGCAUCUUUUUUUUUUCUGGAAACUUCCACUAAGUAGUGUAAUUUUGUGCUCCUCACCUCAUCCUGAGGCCAUCUUUUUGCCUUUCUUUCUUUGUGUAUGUUCCCCUCUUUUUGUAUAUGUAUUCCUGUGUGAACAGUUGUUUUGGAUGAACUUUUUCUAAAAGAAUUCCCUAAUUGCGAAUUACUUUUACUAGUAAGUAUUUCUCUUUGGACCUUUGCCUUUCAGUGUGUUCCCUUCUACUCUGCAUGCUUUUUACCGAUCACCUGCCCCAGAGUUUUUUAGGAGGCCUGUGUGAACAGUCCUGGAGAGAAUGUAUGGAAUGAACAUGACUUUUUCAAAAAUGUCUGUUGCAAUGAAAAGUAUUCAAAUAAUCAUUAAUACUUCUAAGAAAGCAUUGCCUAUUACAACCUGCGCAAAUCUUUGGACCUGAUUAACGUUCAGUCGGUUUACUGGCUGAAGUUAGUAAAGAUUUGCUUUUAUACAACAAGAGAGAGAGUGAAUGAUAGGGAAGGGGAUACCAUUAAUUUGCAGUGGUAACUAAGACAGUAAUACUGUAGAAUAGAUGACUUUAAUCACUACAUUCCUAAGAGCAUAUUGAGUUUGCUCUUUUUAAGGAAGAAUGUCUAGCAAAGAUCAAAAGACACACAAAUAUGCAGCUGUUACUUUUAAUAUGUCGGUGUGACACAUUUUGGGUACUGUACCUUUAACAGGGACAUGUACAUCCAUUGAAUUUUAUGGCUGGUUCCAUGUAGCUGUAUGUUUUAACACACUGGACAAAGGCGGUGAUAUUUCACUGAAGUGGUCUGCUGUUGCAGUUCUUAAACACAGCAUUAUUUUUCUGUGCGAUAAGUGGCCAGAGCCUUUAGCUGUCGCCCUGCCUGUGAGACAUUGGCAUUGACAAGCAGGGGAAAAAGUGGCAAACUGACUUAAUUUCUUCAUUUAAAGAAAAAGUAGCAAGGUAGUUUUUUAAAAGGGGUGUUUGAUUUGCUGGCUGAAUCAUCCCUAAGCACAUUUUUGUAAUAAAACACUUAUGUGAAAGAAACAUCAACUUGUAAUUUUUCCCAGCUGCUGCUUUUAAGUGGAGUGACUCAACCAGACACUUCCACGAUGUGUAUAAAGCGUGCAAAGUUUACACACGAGAGAACUUUUGUGCGCACCGUUUCAAGAGGUUUGAAUACUUUUUAUGUCAUGGGUUUUGCAUUAAUAUUUGUUCUAAGAUUUACAUGAGGAAAAAUGUAUGGUAUUUUACACUAACACUACAUAACUGCUGAUCGCAUGAGUUCUGUGGGAAGCCUUACAGUGGAACUUUUACAUGUUGUAACAAAGCUUUGCGUUGUCUCUCCUUAGCUGCUGCUAACAUCCUCUAAUAGGCUUUCGAAUCUAUACUGCACUUUAUCUAUUCCUUUCAUGUAAAAAUAGGAGUACUCUUCCUCUGAAGAUGAUUUCCCCUCUACCCCCAUCUUGGUUGAGGAGUUCUUUCCCAAAUAAACCACCUGGGAAGUAGUAUGGUUACACUGUGAUGCAAAGAAGAAGAAGAUAUUAAAUAUAUCUAUGUAAAUGUGUUUAUAUAGUUACCUCUUAGGCAUUCAAAUCCAAAGAGCUGUACUAGUGACAGCUAGAUUCAUAUCCUCUUUUUACUGAAUGACCUUUAUUCUGGUGCUUUAUUUAAUGCAAAUGAGUUUUUUGCUCCAUAAACCUUCAGUCUAGCAUUUGAUAUAAAGUGCAGUGAACCAGAUUUCACCUUGAUUCAUAUCAAAUAGUUUCAGCCCCCAUAGAUCUGCUACAAGAAGCUGAGGUUCUCAGAGAGGAGUUAUUUGCUGCGUAGGGUGUAGGCUUGGCCCUGUGGUAACUUAGUAGUAACCGCAGCCAGAACAGAGCCUUCCUUUCUCAUGGACUAGGAGUAAACAGCUUGGAAAAUGGUACAGGCAGACACUUUGUGUCCUGCAGGUUUGUGACACAGAAAUGGCUGCCUAAAGUGCCCUGACCAGAAACUCUAGUUGAAUUUACUUACUUUAUAGUACUUUUAAAAUUCUUUCAUCUGGAGGCCUGGUUUCCUUCUCUUCCCUCUGGUGCUCUACGACUAUAAAGAAUCUGAACUACAUUUCCCUCCGGUGUAGUAUCCACUGGCAAUAUACUAAAACGAUAAGCAGUAAUGCCCCUAUCCUUGGCUUACGAUGUUAACUAUAACUGGCUCUGAAUCUGCUCCUAGAGAGAAAUGCUACCUUCUUACAAUAGCAGGCUACUUGUUUGGUGCGUUUCUGUCCCCUGGUAGUAUAUGAAGAAGAGGAGAAAUUUUAGGUUUUUCAGAGGUUUGGAGAGUAGUUCAACCUCUUUAUCAGUGCACCAUUUGUAUUCCAAACCUGAAUAGUUGAGGGCCAGGCUGCUCAUUACAUGAAAAUGUACAUGUUGGGUUUUCUGAGGCUGAAAAAAAACCUUUGUGAUUCAAAGUAGAGAACCAGCAAAGAGCAAGGAGGGCUUGAUAUUUUUGCCCCACUGUAAAUCGCUUCCCCAAGCAGCUUUCUCUUGCAGGGCUUCUAACGCCUGUUUGCAUUGGAAGGAAGAGAAACUGUAAGAGUUGGGGAGAAGGGUUGAGCCUUUGCUUAACUCUUUCCCCAUUCCUACCAGAGUUCUCCUGAGGAGUUUGCAUGUCAUGUGUAGCUUGGGGCUCUGCGUUCACCAGUAUGGUCAUCUUCAUCAAAACGUUUUUGUUUCACCUGGAUGCCAAAAACUGAGAUUAACACGAAAGCUAGCACCUAGAGCGUAUCAAAUUGCUGGAAGGAAAUCUAGUGCGAGUUAAUAGUGCCGACAAAGCAUUGGAGAAUACCAAACAGCAAUAUUUUUAGGGAUUCAGAAAAAGGGAGGGGGUAGUGGUAGAGGUAGAGGAUUUUAAACCUAUAACCGAUAGGUAUAUCAAGUAGCAUUCCCACAUUGUGCAUCUGUGAAGAAAUGGACUCUUGCUUGCCAGUGUUGGAGGUUCAUUGAAACUGGGUGCUUCUGCUUGGCAGUUUUGGUGACUGUUGAAUCCAGAGACUGCUGGAUGUUGGUUGAUAUAUCAGUCUGGUUACUGAACUUUCCAGCAUUACAAAAAAAAAAAAAAAAAAAAAGCAUAAUACUUGAAGAACAUUUUACAAAACAUUUUCCCUCUAACCAUACUUUGUAAUGUAUUCUAUUUAAGAUUUUGCGUGUUCUUUCUGGGUAAGUUUGCGCUUUCCCUCCAACUUGAGCACUUUUGUUACCUGUAUUGUUUUUAUUACUGUUGGUCUUAACAUUUAUUUUAUAUAUAUAUAUUUUUUAUAAAUUGUAACCGCAAUUUUUGUGGGCAUCUGUGUGUUCUCUACUAGUCUCUCUCUAUCUCCCCCCCUCCUUUCCUUUUUGGACUAGAUGAACUGACUACAAGCUGGUUCUUGGGGAGAAUGUUCAUUGGCACAUGCAAGAAUGUGCUUGGCAAAAUGUACAUGUAUUGAAGUGUGUGUGUAUGUGUGCGUGUUUGUUUGAACUCAACAGCCAUGGUUAUCAUAAAAUAACAAAAAAAUAUGACAUGACGAAAUGCAGUUUGAAUAUUUCUCAGAGCUCUAUGUAGACUGUCCCUAUGGACAGCUGUGUAGAGGAAGGGAUUCGCAGCUCUGCACAAACCACACCGACAAGCACCUAGUAAGGAAAAUACUGGAAGUAACUUCAUCAAGAUAAGAUGUAACUUUCAUUGUGGUUGCGUUAGUGAGGUUUGUGCUUAUGAUCAAUGUGAACAGGGCUUUGUGCAUUUGAACCAGAGCUUGGACAUGUUACCUAUUGGACUUUAACUCUCAGAAUCCUACACUCAACAACUGGGAGUUGUAGCCUGAAACAGUCACAUUUCCUUGCUCUCAUUUGAACUAGCCUUGGCUGCUAUCCCUUCUUCAUGUUCUUGCUUCUUUGGUGUAAGCCAUUACAGUAGUGAGAAUUGACAUUGUGUAGCAGUUACAUCUUGGAGACUAAUGUCCAUGGAUGCCUUUUAACCCCCUAAAAGAAAUUCCACACUUGCCGGAUAUUAAGUUGUAACGUUCACGACUUGUUCCAAAUUAGAGCUUGCCUUUUUGGUGUCACCAGUCUUGUUGUGCAUAUGGGUUUGACUUGCUGUGCUUGUCAUGAAUCCAUUCUGUAACAACCUAAGCAGAAAUGCAGCAGGCACAGCCUGUUAUGGAAGGGGACUAGCAAGCACUGUCUUUGGUCUGGCCUGAGUUUAUGCUAUAUUUUGAACUUUGUAAGAUACGGCAAGUUGAUAACUAUCAAUGCCUCUCUAAAUUGCUGCGUUACUUACUGGAAAUUCACUUGAUGCCAGCUCAAACCAGAUGUGGUCAUAACAGUGCUUACAUUUUGAGGAAAAAGAAGAGCCCAUAUUGGCCAUUAAUAUGAAUGUUAUUAACAUGGGUGAACCCCUUUUGAUUUCUAAUGACUAUGAAAUGUGAGAUUUACAAAAUAUGGCUUUAUUUUUUUGAGUGAGAUAAUAAGCGACCAAGAUAAAACGUGUUUUAUAUUGACAUUCCCAGAUAGCAACAUUUUAAUAUCCACAGAUAUAUAUGUAUAUGUAUAUGAGAAAAAUGGGGCGAGAAUGAAAUGGUAGGAAGCAGUCAAGGGUCAUUCUUUAGUAGUGCCACAUUCACUGUUAGCAUAAAAACAACCCGUAAAUAUAUGUUGUAAUUUAACAGAUUGGGAUUUCAGAGAAGCCUUAGAUGGCAACUGAAUUGUGCCUCGUUGCUGAAACACUUUAAAACAUGCUUUCUUUUUGCGGCUAAUGUGGCUUCUUUCUGGUUUUUGUCCUAGCAAUACUGUACACAAUUUGUUGUUUCACUUUAUUGUAUCUGUUUUGAGGUAUCACAAUAAAAGCUUUCAGUUGUUUUGUUGA